GGAAGCGACUCUCACAACUCCGCGCCACUAGCAAGAGGGGUUGCGGCAAAUCAAAACCGUGAAUUCUGGACUAUUAACCCCGCUGGGCAAAUCCCGCAGAGGCCCCUGCACUAGUGUAGCAUAACCCAUUCGAGAAUUUCGAGUUUUGGUGCUAUUGAGAGACUUUGCCAUUGAGUUGUCUGCAUCGAUUGCAGGUGAAGAGGACAGGAUGGCUCAGAAUCUAGAGGUAAAGGUGCCGAGAGCAAAAAUUGCUCCCUCCAUGCUCUCCUCCGACUUUUCCAAUCUGGCGUCAGAAGCCAAGUUCAUUGAGGAGUGUGGAGCCGACUGGCUUCACAUGGAUGUUAUGGAUGGGCACUUUGUUCCCAAUUUGACGAUUGGCGCUCCGGUCAUCAAGUCCUUGAGAAAGCAUACCAAAAUGUACAUGGACUGUCAUUUGAUGGUCACCAACCCAAUGGACUACGUGGAUGAAUUUGUGAAGGCCGGCGCUUCAGGCUUCACUUUUCAUGUUGAAGUUGCAAAAGACAACUGGCAGGAACUAAUCCACAAAAUCAAGGCUGGUGGUAUGCGCGCGGGAGUUGCUUUGAGGCCUGGAACUCCUGUUGAAGAAGUUUUUCCUCUGGUUGAGAGUCAAGAACCAGUGGACAUGGUGCUUGUCAUGACAGUUGAACCUGGCUUUGGGGGCCAGAGCUUUAUGCCUGAGACGAUGCCGAAGGUGAAUGCUUUGCGACGGAAGUUUCCGCUCCUUGAUAUUGAGGUGGAUGGUGGCUUGGCUCCAGCUACCAUCAAGCAGGCAGCAGAGGCUGGAGCUAAUUGUAUUGUAGCAGGGAGCGCUGUCUUUGGGGCUAAGGAUCCUGCUGAAGUAAUCGCUACUCUCCGGCAAGGAGUUGACGCAGCUCAAACUUCUUCGAUCUUCUUCAAGUGACCUGUUUGCUACUCUGAGAUUUCAAAGUUGACAUGAAUUGUCACUACCCAUCAGAAAAACUGUCGAUUAUAAAUAUAUCUUAGUCGUGCUAUUGCAUAAAAUCAGUCUUUCUCACCAUCAUUCUUUAGUUCAGGAGUGAAGGACGACAGCUACACAACCUUCAUGGCUGUAAUACCUCUUAAAAUUUUAAGCUUGUGACUAUGAAAAUUUCUAUAUAGUUGAUGUGUAUUUUCUAGCAAAAGAAUUGCAGGAAUACAAUAACUGCCUAAAUUCAUGCAGAUAAUCUCCCGUCAA